GUCCUUUGGGCUGGACAUGGUGGCUCCUGGAGUCUGUUAAAGGCAAAUGUCUGACAGUAACUGCAGUAACGGGGCUCCUGUUUGAAACACUGUGGAUGUUCGCCGCGACGAGCCAACAAGCUCUGCGCAAUCCGGCUCGCGGCUGGCCCUGCAGAACAAUGGAGGAGCUGGUUCAUGAUUUGGUCUCUGCUCUGGAAGAAACCUCUGAACACACAAGGGGAUGUCCAGAGUUUGGAGAUGAAGCAUCCCGGAGUUCAGCUGCCUGCCUUCUAAAGCGCCAGGCUAGGAAAAGGAGAGGCAAAAAGAGGCGGUCAGAAAGCGGACAUCAUAUCUGGGAGCACGGCCACUGCAUGAGUGAAGGCUCUGAAUCUAGCUUGGAUGAGGCAAUCCGGGACUACAGAGAAAAUAACACUUACAGUGACUCAGAUGACCACUUAAUAGUUGCCAAACGUCUGUCUUCCCUGAACGUAACAGCCAUUAGGGGAAAACGGCAUUCAUGGCAUGAAUCUGACUCUGUCACCGACAGUAACUUGGGUGGUAGAUCUUUGCGAAGGAGAAGGAAGGUCAAACGUAUGGCUGUAGAUCCACCAGCAGAGGUCAGUAAUGUACUUCACCCGCUGCCCCAGGGCAAAGCUCUAGUCUUGGACUUGGACAGACACCAGUCACAAUCAAACCAGCUCCGCUUCCAACUUCAAGUCCAGGAGAUCAGUAAGGACAAGAUCAUCAAGAGAAAACAGCUAGAAGUCCCAGAUGAUGGAGUUGUUGUGGAAAGUGAAGAAAUGUGCAAUACAAAUAAGAACAAAAUGGAGUAUGAGGAACAAAAAGGCUCAGAUGAUAACAUGAGUGACAGUGAAUCCAGUAGCCUCAGCAGUAGUGAUGCUGGCUUGUUUACCAAUGAUGAAGGAAGACAAGGUGAUGAUGAACAAAGUGACUGGUUUUUUGAGGGUGAAUCUGGUGGUGCAUGUGGUAUCGCAGGGAUCAUUCCCUGGUGGGAGCAAGAUGACGCCCUGGAACUUGAGACAGAAUUGCCAGAUCCAGUAUUUGAAAGCAUCUUAACUGGCACCUUCCCACUUAUGUCGAAAACAGCUCAAAGAGGUUUUCAAGCGAGACUCACUCGACUGUCUGGAAUGGCAAAUAGAAGUGGCAGAAAGGAGCCCAGGAAGACAUCCACAAAGAAUCGUUGACCAGAAGCAGCUGUUAUUAAAAGUCUAUUUGAUUAUUGCUGAAACAAAAAGCGAAAUUGCUGGAGCAACUCUGCAUGUAUAGCAGCAUCUGGGGAGAGAAAGCAGAGUUGACGUUUUGAAUCCAUUGACCCUUCUUCAGAACUCAAUAUUCCUAUAUCUGCUCAUUGAUUUCCUAAGCUGAGUACUCUUAAACAAAACUUUUCAUCUCAAUGCCUAACUUCCGGAAAGGUGUGAAACAAUGGAGGGAUUUGUGUCCUUUUAUAAUGAUGUUAAUUUUGGCUCAGACUGAUCUUUGUUUACUGAUGGGUUCAUGAACUUGACUCAACUUAGACAGGUGAUCAUAGCAGCCACUUGUCAGUAUUUUACAUUUUUCCACUCCUCUUUAAUCCACGUAUCUAGUCUCUCCAGAGAACUGAACACUCUCACCCCUGACAUCAUUCUAGUAAA